UAUUUAUUUAUCUUUUUUUCUAAUUAUCUUAUUUUGUAUUUGAAGAUUUGUUGCAUGUGUUAUUAGUCAUGUCAUAGCGUUGCGCUUUGUGCCACCGCCCCCCUAACACAUCGUGUCUUUGAAUUUCCCCUCUACCCCACCCCCCAYCCCACCCCCACUUCUUUUUUUUUCUCCCACCAUUGACAUCAUCUUUACCACCAAUCGUCGUCUUUCCUCUCGCGCGCCGAACUAACGCACUAUUUUACGCGGCACAACGCGCGAAAGUGCUUUUUAUUCGCAUCCUAGGUGCACUGCAGAAAUAUGCCGGUGAUACGUGGUUUUUUGUAACAAUAUGGACGAACCACAUUUAUACAUAUUGGUCUAAGUGACAAAGAAAAAAAAAAAAAUGUCUCCUAACCUCACCGAAUCGAGCUUGGAUGUGAAAUAUUAUUUAUGAAAACUUCAGAAAUAGAAAAAGAAGAUCUUUGAUACGAAAACAAAAGGUUGAUACAAACAUUCGUACAAUGUUAAUGACAACCAAAUUGAAUAUUUUGAUUGGUUCGUUUGUUAAUGUAUUUCUUCAUUGACAUGGAAAAAAAAAAAAAAAAAUAAUAUAACGUUGUUAUUUCCUGCGAGUGAACGCACAAAGGUUUUAAGUUGUUAAUAUGUAAUCUUUUGUACAUUACGUAAUACAAAAAAGAAAAUUGUGUGACGUUUCUCCUUCAUUGGGAUAAAUCGAUUUUAAAAUCGUAGAGCUGGAAAGCUUCAUUUUCUUUCACGAUCGAUGUAUAUAAUGGCACACAAGUCACGUUUCGCGGAAAACCUUUACGAUGUGAACACGAAGUUACUAAGAAGGAGGUGGAGUAGGAGGAAUAGGAGGAGGAGGAGGAGGAGGAAAAGGAGGAAGGUCGAAACUAUUCAGAAACUCCGAGGUAAACAAGAGAAAAGGUACCUGUGUAACAAUUAAAUGAUCAAUAUCAAAAUUCCAAACGUGGAAUAAAUAAAUAAAUAUAUAUAUAUAUACAAAAUAUAUAAAUUGUACAAAUUAGAAAUAUGGAAUCUAAUAUAAAUGAUAAAGAAAUGUCUGAAAGAGCGUCUAGAAGUGCAAUUAGAAUGAGUACAAGAAUAAGGAAUAAUAGUUCAUCACGAUAUUCUUCUAACACAAAUUCAUCAAUUCGAUCAUCUAGAAAAUCAAGGUCACCUGCAAGAUCACCCGGUAGACCACCCGCUAAAUCACCCGCUAGAUCACCCGCUAGAUCACCUGCAAGAACAAUACCAAAAUCACCUUCAAGAAGACUUGCAAAAUCACCUGCAAGAUCAUUCGCAAAAUCACCUCCGAGAUCACCUGUGAGAUCACCUGCUAGAUCACCUGCAAGAACAGUCCCAAAAUCACCUUCAAGAAAAGUCGCAAAAUCACCUGCAAGAUCACCUACAAAAUCACCUACAACAUCUCCAAAAAUUAAUAAAAGAAAACUUCCAUUUCCCACUACUAAAUAUGCGACAGUAUCAAUCCCACGAAUAGAGUUUCCUACUGAAAAAAUCAAUAACGAGGAAAAGAUUAAUGUUACAUACAAUUCUACAGUACAGGAUGAUCCAAUUCAUGAUAUGCCAAUUCAUUAUCGAUUAAAAGAAUUGGAAGGUGUAUCACGUAGAUCAAUACGUAUGUCUAGCACACCGAAACCUGAAUCACUCCAUAAAUUAGCAGCAUUUACUAAAAAUGUUGAUAGAGCUGUUUCUUUACCUUUAGAACGACCAACUCAAUUAAAUAAUCUUACUGAUGGUAAAGAGAGAGGUCUAUCAGUACAAAGAGAUCAGGAUUUGACCAAAUCGGUAGAGUUUGAAGGAAAAUUACAGUUAGAAUUAGAGAAACGUAAAAAAAAUAUAAAUUUAGUUGAAAAACCUCAAGAGUGGGGAGGAUGGUUUGGAAUUUGCAUACUUUUGUUUAUCAUGCCACUUGCUGUAAUAGUACCACAAUUAUUUUGUUCAAAAACCAUGUGUAAAUUAGCAUAUCCAGAAAUACCAACUGACAUAGAAUCAUACAUCAAUGCUAAUUCACUUUUUGGAUACAUGUCAUUUUUAUUUUUGUUGAUUAUAUUUUCUUAUAUUCCAAUUGGGAGAUUCAUCGAUGGACAACAAAGUAAAGUUGGUAGAUUAAAAUAUCGUAUGAAUGGAUUUUUAUGUGCUGCGUUAUCAUUGAUCGUAUUGAACACUUGUAUAUAUAAAGGAUUAAAGUUACACGACUUCAUUUUAGAAAAUUCUUUACAAUUAAGUAUCAGCGGAUGGAUAUUUGGAACAAUUUUAGCAAUAUUAUUAUAUAUUAAAGCAAACAAAGCGUCUGUCGCAUGCCUUAAUAUAUUUGCAUCAACUAAUAGUAUUAUAUAUAAUUUUUGGCAAGGCAGAGAAAUAAAUCCCAGAAUUGGUUCUUUGGAUAUCAAAAUAAUAUUAUUACGUGCCUCAGUGAUUGGAUCAAUCAUAAUAAACAAUGCUGUUAUAAUUAAAGCAUUGGAAAACAGUAGCAGUUUGGAACUGAAGGAUAUUAAUUUAGCACAAUUAUUAGUAUCAUCCUUACAAAUAUUUUAUUGCUUGGAUAUGUUAAUAUUUGAAUCAAGUAUUUUAACAUCCUUUGAAAUUAUGUAUGAAGGUACUGGAUACAUGCUAUGCGUUGGACAUUUACUUUAUCCUUUUCUACCAACUAUUUUAUCUAAAUAUAUGUUAUUUAAUAGAACACAGAUAAAUUAUUUAUUCGUGAUACCCAUUUUAACUUUUAUUAUUGGAUACAUUGUAUACAGAAUGAGUAACUCUCAGAAGAAUGAAUUUAGAAAAAAUCCAUACUCUGCUGCAUUAGAUAAUUUAGAAACGAUUCCAACAUCACGUGGAAAGAAAUUGAUAGUAUCUGGUUUUUGGGGAUAUGUGAGACAUCCUAAUUAUUUAGGUGAUAUCAUAAUGCAAUGGUCUAUAUCUUGUUUAAGUAUGACAAGUGAACUCUUACCCUAUUAUGUUCCAUUAUGUUGCACUAUAAUAUUGAUGCAUCGUGCUAUACGUGACAAUAAACGUUGUAAAUUGCGUUAUGAUUAUGCCUGGGAACAAUAUUGCUUAAGGGUAAAAUACAUGAUUCUCAAUUAUGUAUUUUAAAGAUAUUUUUCUUUCUUCUUUUUCUUUUUUUUUUUUUUUUUUUUUUUUUUCAUUGUAACAUAUUGAUAUUAAACUAGAGUAUUCAAAUUUAUUAUAAUGUUUAACUUCAAGAUCUCAAGGGUAUUGCAUGACAUUUAAAUAACGUUCGUUAUUGUAUAAAAUAAAUUUUUUAUAUUAUUUUUUAAUAGUACCUUUUUAUUAUAAGAUUU